AUGGAACACGAAGGACAAAGGAGCAGAUGGGAGUGCUGGUGGAUCGCUUUGUGUUUCUCUUUUCUGCUGUACUUCGGAGAGCAUGUUUCAGCUCAGAUAAGAUACUCUAUUCCAGAGGAGGUAAAAGAUGGAACCGUCGUUGGAAAUAUUGCGAAGGAUUUGGGCCUAGAUGUCGGUGCUUUGGCGGACAGGCGGUUCCGUAUUGUAUCUGGAUCCAAUGAUGAUUUUUUUCAGGUAAAUCAGAACGGCGUCUUGCACGUUCAUAAGAAAAUCAACCGAGAGGCGCUGUGUGAUAGUCAUAGCGCAUGCUUCAUAAAUCUGAAGAUUGUUGUAGAAAAUCCUCUUGAAAUACAUUAUAUUGCAGUGGAGGUGACCGAUGUAAAUGACAAUUCGCCCAGUUUUAGUGAACACGAGAAACGAUUGGAGAUUUCAGAAUCGACUGCUGGAGGGAUGCGUUUUCAGCUUAAAGCCGCGCGUGACCCGGAUGCAGGGGUAAAUUCUAUUCGUACAUACAAAUUAACCCAAAAUGAACACUUUGAUCUGGAAGUCAGAGAUCAGGGAGAAGAUAAACUGCCAUUUUUAAUUUUACAAAAAUCUCUUGACCGUGAGAUCAAUGAUGAAUAUCAUUUAGUUUUAACAGCAGUUGAUGGAGGAAAUCCACAAAGAUCAGGAACUCUAAAUGUUACAGUUGUUGUUCUUGAUAACAAUGACAACAGACCUGUUUUUAGCCAAGAUAUAUAUUCAACAAAUUUAAAAGAAAAUAUACAAGUUGGAACGCUAGUCAUACAGGUUCAAGCAAGUGAUGCAGAUCAUGGCUCAAAUGGAGAGGUUACCUACGCGUUUGGCAGCGAUCAGAACCCAAAGGUGUAUGAAAUAUUUAGUUUGGAUAAACUGACAGGUGACAUUCGCGUGAAAGGCGAUGUAGACUUUGAGGAGAAAUCCAUUUACAAACUUGAUGUUCAAGCAUCUGAUAAUGGCCAGCCCCCUAUGAAGACAGAUUGUAGAGUUGUCAUCAAAAUUUUAGACACAAACGAUAACACACCCGAGAUCGAUGUAACGUCACUGUCGAAAAUGGUGUCUGAAGACUCCAAGCCUGGUACUGUAAUCUCACUCAUUAGUGUUACUGACAGAGACACUGGUGUUAAUGGAAAAGUUAUGUGCUCUCUCUCAGAAAACGUUCCAUUUGAAUUAAAACAAUCAGUUCAAGAAAACAUGUACUCGUUAGUGACUAAAGGGAGCCUGGACCGUGAAACUGUAUCACAUUAUGACAUUACAAUAACAGCGAGCGACUUAGGUCAGCCUCCACUGUCCUCAUAUAAAACUCUGAGCGUGCAGGUGUCAGAUGUUAAUGACAACCCGCCUAAAUUUAGCCUAAAUCCCAUCGAAUUAUAUAUAAUUGAAAACAACGCUGCAGGCGCGCCCAUUCUCACGCUGAGUGCUUUUGACAAAGACCUAAAUGAAAACUCUGUGAUUUCAUAUCAGAUUAUUAAAGGAAAUGGGACACAAAGGGACAUUACAUCUUUUCUAAAUAUUAAUUCUGAAACAGGCGCAAUUUAUGCACUUAAAAGUUUUGAUUUUGAGACUUUCAAAACCUUUCAAUUUUACGCGCUCGCUACAGACUCUGGAACUCCAUCUCUGAGCAGUAACGUGACAGUGAACGUGUUUAUUCUGGAUCAGAACGACAACGUUCCAGUGAUCUUAUAUCCAGUCAGCGCUAACGGUUCUGCUGAGGGUGUGGAAGAGAUUCCCCGUAAUGUGAACGCAGGUCAUUUGGUGACUAAAGUCAGAGCCUAUGACGCAGAUAUAGGAUACAACGGCUGGUUAUUAUUUUCACUGCAGGAAGUUAGUGACCACAGUCUCUUUAGUUUGGACCGCUAUACAGGACAGAUAAGGACCCUUCGCUCAUUCACAGAAACAGACGAGGCCCAGCAUAAACUGCUCAUACUGGUCAAAGACAAUGGGAACGUUUCACUCUCAGCAACAGCGACUGUGAUUGUCAAAGUUGUGGAGCCCAAAGAGGCUUUUGCUGCUUCUGAUGUGCAAAACGCAGUAAAAGACGAGGAGGAAAACAACGUGACAUUUUAUUUGAUCAUCACUUUGGGCUCGGUUUCAGUGCUUUUUGUCAUCAGCAUCAUCGUGUUGAUUGUAAUGCAGUGCUCUAAAUCGACAGACUAUUCGUCCAAGUAUUUACAGGACACAAAUUACGACGGGACUAUGUGUCACAGCAUCCAGUACAGAUCUGGAGACAAACGGUACAUGUUAGUUGGACCCAGAAUGAGUAUCGGCUCUACUAUAGUCCCGGGCAGUAAUGGAAAUACUCUAGUGAUCCCAGACCGCAGGAGGAGAGAUUCUGGAGAGGUAAGAAUGGAUUAUUCAUGA